UAAAAGCACAACUCCAAGUCUACAAUUAACAACCGCAAACACUAACAUGGAAGAAGUGUGGAAGGACUUAAGUUUGAGCUCCCUUCACCAAGAAGACAACAACAUGCUUGCCAAUUCGGCAGACUUCUUCGCCAAAUACUGCCACACUAAUCCCCCAGCGAAGCACUCCCAGCCGGAGCCGCAGCCGGCCGAGGAAUUCGACCGGAGCAAUGCCGAAAGGCGAAAGAACCGGAUGAUGAAGAAUCGGGAGUCGGCCGCGAGGUCGCGAGCCCGGAAGCAGGCCUACACUAACGAGCUGGAGAAGGAGGUGGACAAGCUGCAUGCUGAGAACACAAUGCUGAGGAGGCAGAAUGAGGAGUUGAAGAAAUCAUUAGAAGAUCAGAUUAGAGGAGUCACAAAGCAAAUCCUGCAAAGAACAUUGACAGCUCCAUUUUGAGGAAAGAUGGAAGGAAGGAUGAGGAGUUGUUAUGGCUUUUAGUCUAUGUAGACUUAGCUUUUCUUUGUCCUGUGAGGAAGCAUGUUGUUGUCGACUUAACAUCAAUGCAAGGCCAUGUUUUUUUUCCUAUGAGCUCA